AUGGCCACCGAAAUAGAUUACGGCAACCCGUUUGACUGUGUUGAGGUUUCCCGGGCGAGAUAUAAGCAGCUAAGAGACCGUCAAUUGAGGCGACGUCGGGUCAUUUUACGACAUCUUCUGAGGAACAGUUCAUUCUCAUUGAGGUUAGAGAACAGCAAUCAACUCAGUCUUACUCUGUCAGAUUUACUUGGCUACCGCAAACCUUCCUACCUACAGUUUGACGAAGACGUUUGUAGGAAGCGGGCGAUUCUACCAAUUAUUUCUCGUUUAAAAUGCCCAGCGCUUAGUCUUAAGCUUCGUCGUGCAAUACAGUCUUUUCUAGGCGAAUCCGGCACAUUAAAUCAAGAUAAUAAACAAAUCAUACAACAGUGGGAUAAAUUCAGCCUUGAAGUUGUUGGCGACAAAUUAAGACAAACACUGGCAUCUUGUAUAUCAACAAAUACAAGCAGUAAUAUAGGAGAUAAAGCUUCAAAUGACGACAAUGUUGUUGGUAAAACAGGAGAUUCUAAUUGUGAUUUGGUCGUCAGAACAUUUACUGGUUCAGCUGCUUUUCUUAAAGGAACUCAAAGUGCUAAUCCACAUAAUGAUUACUGUCAACAUUUUGUGGAUACUGGUGAACGACCACAGAAUUUUAUUCGUGAUACUGGUCUGAGAAAUCGAUUUGAAGAAUAUCCUAAAUUACGAGAGUUAAUUCGAUUAAAAGAUCAGUACAUUCAAUCAAAGGCUACACCUCCUAUGUAUUUGUUCGCUGACUUACGAACAUUUGAUUUAAAUGAGUUAGACUCAAAAUUCGAUGUUAUUCUGAUUGAACCUCCUUUAGAAGAGUAUCAUCGAAUGAAUGGUGCUGUAUUUGAUCAAUAUUGGAGUUGGGAUGAGAUUGAACGUUUAGAAAUUGAACAAAUCGCUGCUCCACGUGCAUUUGUUUGGAUAUGGUGUGGGUCAGGUGAAGGUUUGGAUGCUGCUCGAAAAUGCUUACGUAAAUGGGGUUUUCGUCGUUGUGAAGAUAUAUGUUGGAUCAAAACAAAUAUCAAUAAUCCAGGACACGAAGCUCUUGAACCGAAUUGUGUUUUUCAACGUACAAAAGAACAUUGCUUAAUGGGUAUACACGGAACUGUUAGACGUUCCACUGAUGGAGAUUUUAUUCAUGCUAACAUUGACAUUGAUCUGAUCAUUGAAGAAGCUCCUCCACAAGGCAGUUAUGCUGCCAAAGAUAAACCAACCGAAAUUUUUCACAUUAUUGAACAUUUUUGUCUUGGAAGACGAAGAUUACAUUUAUUCGGUAGAGAUAGUACAUUAAGACCCGGUUGGGUGACUGUAGGUAAUGAACUAUCUGCAUCGAAUUAUGACCCGCGUAUAUAUGCUAAUAAUUUUAAUAAAGACCCUAAUGGAUUGUUGCUGGGAACAACUGAAGAAAUUGAGCGAUUACGACCGAAAUCUCCACCACCACGUCAUACAAACCCGAAUACUGCAACAGGUGCUCCCAACACAAUUUCUUCGCUUUCAGAAGUUAUACCUGGUCCUGUUUGUCCUAAUCCUGCUUUGCCUACUGGACAUAUACCUCAUUCAAUAGCUUCGACAUGUUCUGUUAGUAAUUCUGUUGUAUCGAAUAUCACUUCCAUUCCUGGCAUUUCUGGCCACCCUAUACGAAGAUUUAAUGCUACAAAUGUAAUUAAACCUCUCAAUUCUAUUGGGUCAUUAACUAAUUCUUCACUUUUGGGCUUACCAUCAGUUUUACAAAGUGUAACUAAUCGAAUUUGUCCCAAUACGAGGCUUAAUACGCGUACACCGAAUAAUGCAUUGUCAACUUCUAAUUCUCCACGAGCACUUGCUGCAUUACAGGUUGCUGCAGCUGCUCAUCAAAGCUCUAUUCAUCAUUCACAUGAUUCUCCUCUAUGGUCAACUUCAAAUAAUUUUGCCGUUGCGUUAGCUGCUGCAGCAGCAACUCAUAAUUUACCUCUUGCCUCAGCAUUGAAUUCCUUAAAUUCAAGGACUCCUAUUUCUGAUUCACAUUUACUUCCUGGACUUACCAACGCUAAUAAACUGAAUCCAACUCUGUUAGCAAUGUUAAAUUCUUCAAAUCCCGUUGGACCAGUUGGUCUAUCAUUACUGAGUAGUAUUAUUCGAAGUAAUGUUUCUGGAAAGCAUCCUAAUAAUCCAUGGCAUUGA